AUGAUUUAUGAGUUAAUGUUCACUUGCGUUAUUUUCGCAGAGGUCGGUACCAUGCCUGUGGGUCGGCUAAGCCAAUUGACGAAUUUCAAACCCGCCAGCCUUGUCGAUCAAAAUCCGACCACGGUCAUCCCUCCUCCCAAUUUGGACAUCUUGGACAAAAUCGACGUGAAGAAAUUACUGGGCAUGCUUCACAUACUCAACGAGGAUAAAUCUGCACAAAUAUCGGAAACCGCGACUUUACCAUCAUCUACUGUAAUGAACGCGGUCCACGAUUUCGACUAUUCAAAAGAAUGCAAGGUCGACGAAGAUCCAUCGAUUUUAUCGAAAAAUCAAGGUAAUGACCUGAUGAUUUUGAACACAGUGUACGACAGAGUAUCGGAACAUAUAAAUUCGGUUUACGAAACAAUUCAAAAGAACUACGACGUUUUGAUGAAGCUUAAUAUUUUGAAAGGAAUGCUGAUGAUGGGAGAGAAUAGUAUACAAUCAAAAGGGUCGACACCCUGGAUUAAAUACAUGUCCAAAUACAAAAAUAUUGUUAACGGUUAUUAA